ACCGGCAAUCCCCAAAAAGCGAAAGCUCCUCGUUCCUUCCUUAUCGGUAUUUGUUUAUCUAUUUAUACAAGUGCCUAAUUCCUCUCAUUUCUAAUGGCCCGCUCCAUCGCUCAAGCCCUAAAUCUGAUCCGAACCACCACCGUCACCGCCUCAUACACCACCCGAAAUGCUCUGCUACGGGUAGCUUCUAGGAGCGAGUCCACUCAGGCCGACAGGAGCACCGGAUCUGACACCCCGGAGACAGAGGCGGAGGCGCUGGCGGUGCAGAGGAUUGAGGAAGCGAUUCACCGGAUCAUAGUACGGCGAUCGGCUCCCGAUUGGCUUCCGUUCCGUCCUGGUGCAUCUUACUGGGUUCCACCUCGACGUAGUUCAUACGGUGUUGCCGAUCUCGUUCACAAGCUCGCUAAUACGCUCACGGAAGAGGAAAUUAUGUCUCUCGCUACGUUCCGUGGCUGGCCUUCAUCUAAUUUCUAUCUUGAUGAUGACAAGUGUAAUGUGGCCAAAAAAGAAAUCCAGUCUGAGGACGAGGAAGUUUAAAUGCAAGCAUGGGCAUGAAUGGGGAAAGCAACUGGUUCUCCAUUGCCAUUGUUAAGGUUUACAAAUUUCUGUACAUAAUGUAGCUGAACAGAGAGUAUUGAGGAAGCAUUUCCAAGCUGGAAUAUGUACAUAUAAGCUUCCUGUCAUAUUUCUUUUCUACUAAAAGAGUAGUAUCUUGUCGACUGUACAGUGUAGGUUUAUUUUGUUUUGCACUAAUCCAAAUUUCCUGGUUUAAGGUAAUGGGUAUUUCUGUAUACAAGCUAGCUCUUUGCUAUGUUUCCGUUUUUUAGGUCACACCUUAACCUCAUUAGGAAGCGUAGUUGGAUAUGCCCUAGUUAUUGUAAUGUUGUCAUAUAAUAUCAGCUUUUGUAAAUACUUGAAAUAAAUUUUGGUUGUCCGUUA